CUCAAGGUUUACAUUUUAAAAUUUUUAACAGCUUUUCAAACAGCCUUUCAACUUGUUAUUAAUAAGUAAAUAAACAAAUAGAAUAAAAAAUAGUUUGCUUUGGUAAGACGUUGCAAAGCUUGUGGCAAUCUAGGCUGGUUAGGUGGAAGAGAUGAGGACUUUAGCAGCACCUUGUACACUGUCCCUAAUUUCACGCUUAAAUGUCUAUAAAACCCCUUCAUCUUCUCCCAUGUUUCAACUUUGCCACUCUCCUUUCUCUCUCAUUCCUUUUCCUAGACCUCUCUCCAUCAUGGCCUCUGCAACUCCGGCUUCUUCUCAGGCCAUGUCUCCUGGGGAUGUUAACAAGGAAACCAAUGUGUUUCAGUUGAUUCAAGCUCACCAGGAGAAGGCUGCUAGGCUUCCUCCGGUGGAGGAAAUUCGAACCGUGCUUGAUCAGAGCACGCGUGGCAUGCUUUCAACUUUUUCACAGAAGCAUGAGGGUUAUCCAUCAGGGGCAAUGGUUGACUUUGCAUGUGAUGCCAAUGGAUCUCCAAUAUUAGCAGUCAGCAGCCUGGCAGUUCAUACAAAGGAUCUAUUGGCUAAUUCCAAAUGUUCUUUGCUUGUCGCUAGAGAUCCGGAGGAUAGGACUGAUUUAGUAAUCACCCUGCAUGGUGAUGCUGUUGCUGUUUCUGAAAAUGAUCAAGCAGCUGUUCGAACUGCUUAUUUGGCUAAACAUCCCAAUGCAGUAUGGGUUGACUUUGGUGACUUCCAAUUUAUGCUCAUUGAACCAAAGGUUGUGAGAUAUGUAUCAGGUGUUGCAACAGCUUUGCUAGGAUCAGGAGAGUUCAGCAAAGAGGAGUACCAGGCUUCAAAAGUUGAUGCAAUAGCUCAAUUCUCUAAGCCUGUUGCGUCUCAUAUGAACAAGGAUCAUGCUGAAGACACAAAAGUCAUUGUGCAACAUUCAACAUCAAUCCCGGUGGACUAUGCUUACAUGCUGGAUUUGGAUAGUCUUGGAUUCAGUGUCAAGGCUGGUUAUCAAGGAAAAACUUUCAAGCUUAGGAUUCCUUUUCCUAGACGUGCUGAAGACAGAAAGGAUGUGAAAACCCUCAUAGUAGAUAUGCUCCAAGCUGCCCGGUCUCAAGUCAAUUGACCACGCUGCUAAAAGAGACCUAAGAGGAUCCCGUUUUAUAUUUGCAUCUUACUUCUACAGAAUACAGACCAACAUAGAAUUCCAAAAGACAUCGCAAUAAAGAUACAAUUCCUGAAGAAAACCAGCUGAGAUAAUUGGCUUUUUGCAUCUUAUACCUCAGAAACUUUCAUUUCAUGUUGUUGUCAUUAGAGUUAAUGAAACCAUUUGAAAAUUGAAAACAUGAGAUAUGAAACGGGUUUGGUAAUUCCUGUAUAUACUUUGCCAUGAUAUAAUAGCUUCUCCUUUCCCUUA